UUUGGCCCAGGAACUAUUUGGUGCUUCAUAUAUGUCAAACAAGGGGCUUCUGUGCAAAGAUCAAUCAAACUUAGAAUUGAUGAAGCUAAACUUGUCAUGGCUUUGGGUUCAUGAUUCCAAGGUCCUACCAUGGCUGACAGAAUCAACCAGAAAAUACUGAAGAUACUGAUGCUGCAGAGAAAGUGGGUUGAGUUGCAGAGCUCAAUGAUUAAAGACCAAUCAUUCAUGAGAGAAGGCAUAAUAUGGAAGCUAAUGUUUGUUAAAGUUGCAAUGAUUUCAAGGUCAACAAGACGAGAAGCUUGCCGACAAUCAUGUUACCCGUGGCAAAAGCUGAGACAGGAUCAGUUGCAGAGGUGCAGAUCUUUAGCAGACUCCUCUUCCCAUGUGUUCUUUGUUUCUCACUCCUGGAGUCUUGCCGUCUCUCUCAUGUUCAAUCAUUUAUUUGGACCACCGAGAAGUGACAGAGUGGGAGGACUUCUUCUUGUUGUAUUUAUACGGCAAACUGUUGUGAAAUAUUGCAGCAGUCUUCGUGGCCUGCAAAUGAUUCGUUUGGUUGCCAUCUCCGUAUUCUCGCUUUCUUCACAGCUCCAAAGACUCUUGGAAUCCAGUGGUGGUUGCGGUGGCUACUUGAUAUGGUUUAAGUCAUAUUAAGAUUCUUGCUAAUCGGAUUUAGAAUUGAUGAUAAUUUAAAAAAAAAAUACUCGCAAAUCUAUGAUGAGAUUUGCGAGCAUCGUAUCUGUCAAUAUUCCUGUCAUGAUAUAUUCUUGCUAGAUCUUUAUCAAGCUAAAUUAGUCGA